CGUCUUCGUGGGCCAGCGGAGGCGCUGCGAACAACUGCGAACAGCGCGUGAUACACCCUGCGUGAGGACAAGGUGCAAUGGCUGACGACCGAAAUAACCAGCGGAGCUUCGUCAGGCAGCCGCACGGGGUUGGGCACUCGUCUCCCCCGCCACCAGCGCCGAGCUCGGGCCCCGGUCCAGGAGAUCCGGAGUCCCCCAGGUCCGUUCAGAAGGAGAACUCGCCGCCGCGUGGUCCCCGAACCCUCCUGCUCCGGCGCGGCGAGAAUGGCUAUGGAUUCACGCUGCGACACUUCAUCGUCUAUCCGCCCGAGUCCUGUUGCAUGCUGCCGGGACACGAGCGGACCAAGGUCGACGAGCCCAUGGACACGAUCUUCGUGAAGCAGGUCCGGGCGAACUCGCCGGCGGCCGAGGCGGGUUUGCGCACCGGCGACCGCGUCGUCUCCGUCGACGGGACGCCCACCCGGGGCGAGCAGUACGCCAGCGUGGUGCAACGCAUUCAACAAGCGGGGCCGUGGCUGCGCCUCCUCGUGGUCUCCAAGGAGGAUGACAUUUUGCAGCGGUACUUUGGCGAGACGGCGCACAAUCCCGAGACGAAUCCACGACCACGAUUGCGUUCUCCGGAGAGGCUGUCGCAGAAGCAACGCAGAUCGAUGAGCAGCAUGAACCCGGGCGGCUCGCCGAGAACGCGGCAGUCCUGGGUUUGUUCUCUACCGUCGUCCGAGAGUCCAAAUCAUCUCGAGGAAACGAUAUGCAGGAUGUCGCCGUCAACGAUGUUUCAAUUUCCGAUCGAAGCUCAGAUCGCGAACGCAUUGCAGCAGCAGCAACGGGGAGGCAUGUCGGAGGCAAGCGCGUUGUACGAUCUUUCGGAGGAUUCUCGAGUUUCUAGGAGGAAGCUGCAGCUGCACGACGACAAUGUGCAGCCGAGCGGCCGAUUGUCCCUGGAUUCCAAGUACGAUCUGUACGACAGGACGCGGCCCGAGUCGGUGUACUCGCGGCCGAGCAACGAGCAGCUCUACGACAGGAUCAACGAUCCGAUUUACGAGCGCGUGCGCGUCAGCGAGCACCAUCCGCAGCAUUAUUACCAGCCGUCUUUGCUGCGUUAUCCGGUGUCGCAGGCGGAGCCGCAGGUGCCGAUCUACCGGCCGAUCAAGCGGAUAGUGGCGCGACGCGCCAGCGAGGGCAGCGGCAACAUCCUCGACUGCGAGACGGCGAGUUACGGCAGCAUCGACGCGCUAAGAUCGAGCGAGUCCAGCAGAUUGAGCAUCGACUCGAGACGGGACUCGUCGCCCGCCGCCAGCAAGGACAGCAUGUCUCCCUACGAUUCGAACUCGACCCUGACCGGCAACGAGUGCUCCGACGAUUCCGUCAUCAUGAACAGGCUCCGCAAGAGCUUCGAGCAGAAGGCGGAAUUUCUGCGGCGGCCGAGUCACCCAAUCGGCUGGUCGGUCGAGCCGUCGCUGCUACCCAGCUUCAAUCAAGCCGCGGUGAUCCAGAGGGAGUUCUACGCGAGGCCGCAGAAGCUGCAGAGACAAAUAUGGCCGCCCGGACAGAACGAGCAACAGCAGAGACAGCAAUCUCCCACGAGAAGGUCGUCUCUAGAGAGAAACGUCGUUACCAAGACCAUCACGAGUCUGGUGAACAAGCCGUCGAAUCAGAGCGUGCAGAGGAUAAAGGACGUGGACUCUGAGUACUCGAAGCCGCGCAACGAUCAACCGCUCGGGGACAAUCAGUCUGUCGCGGGAGAUCACUGUUACUCGCCGUCGCUUCUCUAUGACAACGAGGUCGCCAAGGAACAGCAGUACCGAGGCGCGGGCAAGAGCAAUUUCGUCAGCAUCCUGUCGAGAAUACACGAGAACAUUAACACGAACCAACAACAGACGUCGCAGGAGACGCGAAACGGCUCCUCGUCGCUACCAUCUUCCCCGGGGCCGGACAAGAAAGCCGGCGACAGAUUCCCGGUGCCGCCGCAGGGCCUGCAGAUUGUCUCGAGACGCGCCAAGCAGUUCGAGUCCGGUCGUUUGCUGAGCGACGAGGACGAGCCCGCUGGCGAUCGUACGAAUCUUUACAAGAGCGAGCUGUCCAGGUUGUCGAACAAGAGGAGUGUACCGAAUGUGGCUCUGCGGAAACGGGAGUUCGAGUCAAAAGCCGAGAACCAGGACUCGAGAAGGAUACCGUCCAGGGAAACAAAGUCCCUUGACACUGGUGCGGCGUUGACAGACAACAGAAUAAUUCCUAUAGGCAGCAAGCAUAUCCAUUGCGAGCCACCGGCCGAUUAUAAAGAGAGUAAAGAUCCGCCUACCGUGGAAACGGAAUCGGUGCGUUUGAGGGCACGCAGCAACAGCGCGGAGUCCUGGGAGGCGGUGAACGGCCCGGCGGCGCGGAGCAGCGCCAGGCAUACGUGGCAGACCGCCGAGGAGAAGAGCGGCAUCGAGGACAACGGCAAAGCCUACCGCAAUCAGGACAAUUACUUGCAGUCGGCCAAACUGCAGCAGAUCGCGCCAGUCAAUGGUUCUUCGCCCAACGGCUCGACCAAUAACGCCGCGGUACUUAGGCGACAGAAGAAUGCACAGAUCAGUGACGAGGAUCGUGCCACCAGACGAGUCUCGUACCUGAAGGCGACCUGGGGCGAGCGUAUGCACGUCGAUAGCGAUCUAGAGCUCAGCGAUUCCGAACCCGUUCACAUUCACAGAAGCGCGCACAGACGAUGGCGGCCGCCGUUAUUUCCGAGCGACAUAAUGCCUUUGCGACGCAUCUUUGAAGAUAUGACGCAGGCCGCAUCCUUACAUCGAAACUCUCAUCAUCGUAACAGCAUUGCUGUAACGCAUACGUCGAACAGCUGCGACGGAAAUGCGAAGGAUGUCGAACCAGUGGAACGGGAGGGAACACUCCACGUCAAAUUCACAGUGCUCGAUGGCAAGCGAUCUACCGAUCGUUCCUGGAAGCAAGUUUGGGGUGUUCUCCGUGGUCCUAUAAUUUAUUUUUACAAGGAUCGCCAUAGUCAGAGUCCUUCGUUGAGCACCGAGAGCGAGACAAAUGCGGGACAGAGCGUCGACGUUAGGUGUUCCGUCGUCGACGUCGCCGAAGAUUACACGAAGCGGAAACACGUGUUGCGAGUGGCAAAUCCUACGGCAGAGGUGCUUUUACAGACCGAGGAUGCGGCAUCUAUGGCCCUCUGGUUAAGGUCACUUCAUUCUCACGCCGCCGCGGAAAGAUCAUCGGACGCCAUAUCUUGCACGUCGAAGCAGCAAGCCGUUCCGCAAACUCCGACUGGUCCUACAACUCCGAAUAGCGGCGUUCCUCCGAGCAACGUCCAGAGACUGAGUCCUCUGCCGAGCCAUAAAGGCAUCAAAAAGUUAACGUCGUUCAGGAAUCGAUCGCCGACGGGCCAAUCGCCGGUGAACAAGACUCGCAAGCCGAGCAACCAGAUUGUGGAACCUUUACCGUCGCCUAAAUCAAAGACUUGGAAGGGAAGGAUGGCCAAACAGUUCAGAAAGAUGCACGGUCAAGCCGGCGGCGCGCCAUCCUCGCCCACGGCGCAAUUACCGCCAGAAGGGGCCACCUUCAAGAUGCCGCUGGAACUCUGUCCGCCGUCCUCGUUCUCCGAGUACGUGCCGCUCAUCGUCGAGAUGUGCACGAGCAUCGUCGAGGCGAGAGGCCUCGAGGUUGUGGGAAUUUACAGAGUGCCAGGAAAUACCGCCGCGAUAUCCCAGCUCACGGACAGUGUCAACAGAGGAUUCGAGAACAUCAACCUGCAGGACCCGCGUUGGAGCGACGUCAAUGUGAUAUCGUCGUUGCUGAAGUCGUUCUUCCGUCAACUUCCCGACUCCCUGCUCACAGCGGAGCUAUAUCCCAUGUUCAUCGACGCCGAUAAGAUAGAAGAUCCGCAGAGGAGGAUGACCACGAUACGAAAAUUAUUACGGGAUCUUCCGGAACAUCAUUUUGAGACACUCAAGUAUUUAAUGCAACAUCUUAAGAAGAUAGUGGAGCAUAGUGAGAUCAACAAAAUGGAGGCGAAGAAUUUAGCCAUCGUUUUCGGGCCGACACUGGUGCGAGCGAGUGGUUCGAGAGAUAAUAUGGUCACCAUGGUCACCGAUAUGUCUCAUCAAUGUAGGAUAGUCGAGAGUCUGCUGAACAAUGUCGAUUGGUUCUUCUCGGAGGACGAUCUGGACGACUUGAGCAGAUUGAGCGUAAAUUUAAGCCUCCCGACCGACAGCUGCGAAGUUGAACCAGUAUCCAAUCAUAGUCUUUUAUUAAACAAUAUUCAGAAAAUUGAAGGCAUGCGUGACAUGGCAUCCGCUAGAGACAUUGUAUCUUCAAUCAUAUCCGCAGCUAAUAAGAAGAUACAAAGAAGACGAAAGAAUCAGGACGAGAUCGAUAACAGUGAACACGACAACGAUAAGGCCAAGUCGAAGCAAGAGUCGGAGAAUUCGCCGACGAUUCGACAGAGUAUGGCUUUGAACGAACGACAGUGUUCCGUCAGCGAGAUCGUGCAGAUGCACGAGAACAAGAAUCAAUUGAAUCAUUCUACGGAUCGUUCCGAUCGUUCCCUGUCGGUCGACGCUAAUAACAGCGGUUCGUCGCACGGUACGUGUUCAUUGAAUCGCGCCAAAUACGCAAUUCAAUCCGCACCGCCGUCCGUUGACUCUACGAGACUGUCGAUGGAAACUGGUCUAAGCUCGGCGGAAACUGGCUCCACUGUGUCCAGCAACGCGUCUAACCAGACGAAGCAAAGCAACGACGAGAUAGCGAUUGUGACGUACGCCGGCUUGAGCGCGACCACGCAGGAAAGAGUGCGGAGAUUCGAGGAAGAAACGAAGGCGAUGUUGCAGAGAGACCAGCAUCGGCAGAGACUCGAGGCCGAGAAGAGGGAGGAGGAGAAACGGAGAAUCGAGAUAGAGUGGCAACUGGCGAAACGGGAGAUGGAGAACGACGACCUGCUCGACAGUAUAGUCGACACCACGGUGUCGCCCAGCCUCUUGUCGGAACGUCUGUCCAGUCUGAACGAGAGGUUUGCCGAUAAGUCGCUGAUAGAUCUGUCCGAGAGACACGGCAGAUCGCGUUCGAUCACGCGACCACCGCUAUCGAUAGCCGUGCAACAGCAGCCCAUGACGCACCAAAAGGUGCAGGCUACCAAUCAGCUGACUAGCGUACUGGGGGAGAAAAUGAAUAACGGCGUCAUUAAGAAAUUCAAAACGGACAAAGAUCCGUCGAUGGAGUCGAUUUGCUUGCCGCCAGUUCGUUACGGAAGUCUGGAUUCCUUGCACGAGGUCCACAAUCUCUCGCAGUCCUCUCCGUCACCGUCGCAGCAGCAGCGAGGCGUUCCCGGCGAUGGCUCGGAUGAUGGUAGCGACCUUCUAACGAGCCUCACGACCACGUUCGAUCGCAAGUGGAGGUCCCUCGUCAAUCAGUCGUCGGGUCAGGCGCAGCCUCCCCCGGAAUCCGCAGCCCGUAACAAGGACGGCGUCACGGAGCAGCAGGCGCAGAAGCCGAGCGCGUCCCCGAGAAUCAAGUAUCCGUCUGCGGAAGCCUAUCGCGACCCGAGUCUUCACAAAUCCCUCGACAAAGGUCAUCUCGCCCGCUCCAAGGAUGACGCUCCCGAGAAGGAUACCGAUUCAACGGUAGCCGACGACGUGCCGCAUCCUUCGGAAGCCGUCACGCCGAACAACGACUGCGGCGCGAACGACAAGCAGAGGCUGGAGACGAAGUCUUUGACGAACCACGCGACGGAGAACGAGGAGCGGAGGAGUGUGGACGAGGGGGACGAUUGUCUGCGCGCGGGAAACCCGAAACGAUACGAAUUGUCGAGCGAGAAGGAGCUUCAGGAAAAUAAAUCGGAGAGCAACGACGUGGGCGCGAAAGUGGAGGACAACAGCAGGAGCCAUCAUUACGAGACCGGGGACUCCAGUUACUCCAACAAGCUGAAAAAAUUUGAGAGCCUGACCAAUUCCCAGGCGAGGUCCCGCCUGAAACGGUCGGAGUCUCUGAACAAGAGGACAUGCGAGACCACGACCUCACGAUUAAAGAGAUCGGAGAGCCUGAACAAGCACUCGACCGAGAGACUGUCGCCGCUCAAACGAUCCGAGAGCUUGAACAAACACUCCGGCGAUCGAUCGGAGUCGCCGGGCAGCAAGCUGAAGCGCUCGGAGUCGCUGACGAAGACCGAGAAGACCGAGUGCAAUAUCAGUAAGCGGCGACAAUCGGUGCGAAAGGAGAGCGCCACCAAGUUGAAGCGGAAGAACGGAAUGUCGGAACGGUCGAUCAAGCGCCGGCACACGGUCGGCAGCACCAAGGACUUCGACAAGGUGCACUGGCUCGAUAACAAACUGCAGUCGGAGGCCGAGAGGGUCAUCAGGAGCGACUACAGACCGAAGAAGAGCCAGCUCCGGACCAGCUCGCCCGAUCUCAGCACCAAUCGCGUUGGCAUGGCCGACACGAGUUUCCUGAUCGAGGUGAGCUUUCGCGGGCCCAGCAACGUCGUCUUCAACGUGACCAACGCCGCUCGGCCGCAGUCGCUGCCGGACGCGAGUCUCGCGUCCAAGGUUUUCAAGGUGCCCCUCGAGAGUCACGUGUAAUACGCUACGAAUAAAUUACUCGACACAUUUCCACACUCGCCCCUGAGCAAUACAUGCACACAGUGCUGCUGUCAUAUCUAUACCUGCCAUCAUUUUUAAUACUUGUACCGGUUUAUAUUAUAUAUAAAUCGAACUUUUUUUUCGUCAGAUUUUUAUACAUCUCAUAUUGCAUAAAAAUGUAACUGGAUUGCAUCCAAACCUGAGUUCGUUCGCCGGAAACGCUGACAUUAUUCAUUAAUCGCCAGUGUGCCAAAGAACCAUGAAUCAUUUAUCAUUGUCGAACGAUAAUAUCGAAAAUUCGUUACUGCGGCUAGGCUGAAUUAGAUAAACAAGAAGGUACAUCUGUCACUACGUUCUCUGCACUGUGACAGUUCAAUUUUUAAUCGGGUUUAAUUUACAAUAACGCGAGAUCGUUACAACGAUCAAGAAUCGUUCUGAAUUAACGAAUCAGAAGCGGUUAAACUCUUUAACGAGAAAGAUCGGGACAGUUUGCCGAUCUGCAGACAACGGGAAUAGACAAGUUGCAUUGGAGAAACGUAAGAAAGUUAUUUAGUGAUUAUAUAUUGCAUGUGGUAUUUGCAUUGUGUCAAUUUUAUAUAUAUAAAGAUAUAUAUACCUUAUCUUACUUGUGAAUUGUGAUUGUGACAUUUUUUGUACAUAAGAUGUAUAAUGCGAGAUAACUCGAUUAAAUAUUAGAUCUAGUAAGGUGACUAUAUUAUUGUACGUCUUUAAAUUUAUAUUUUAAUAAUCACUUAUUGACGAUCAUCGCGGAUGUUCAGUAUGCGCGCGAGACUAGCCCGAUCCUAGUGUACGGAUCGCUACUGGCUGCUGGCGAGAGUGCAUUAUUUUUAACGCGGAUGUGACAAAGGUGAUCCCUUAUUAGGAUAAAAAUCACGACGGCGCGGGCGUACGAUCGUCGGGACGCGUCGUCGCGGGCGAUCGAUACACUUGAAAGUUCUUUGAAAGGUAGCAUCCAUGUAGUGUUAAGGAAUCUUUUUCUACGUAAGCUCUCCGAUGAAAAGUCUACGAUGUGAUAAAUCUUAAUCGAUCGCGCGUCUACUCAUGUACGUACACAUAUCGUUAUGCGUGCUGCGGCUGGAUGCGUGCGUGCGGAAGUUUACACGAGCGCGUGAAAACCUAUUUUCUAUGUGCAUUGUGAUCGAUACUAACGAUCAGUCUAGUACUACUACUGUUGCGUCAUUGUAAAAAUUUUAUCGUACAGCAAGGAAGGUAGGACGCGAACGGUGCCGUCAAUUAUAACGUAUUGUACAUUCGGUGCCUCGCACGACGGCGAGAUCCGUUCGUUCCGGGGCGAACGGGGGGGGCCUCCACUCGCUCCGAACGAGCGGAGGAGCCUCGUCGUCCGCCCGGAUCGACCGGGUCUCCCACUGUGCCCCGUUACGAGGUUGAUAUGUUAACUGGUGCAACGCACGUAUUGUGUAUCGCUCUUGUAUCGCCGUAAGACAGUUACUCGAUAUACCGGACGCUCGGGUCUCCCCCCCCCGCGUGGAUCGUUAGUGUUGCAUUAUUUGUACCCCCGAGAUACUUUACACCGUGCGAGACUCCUCUCCGCCUUUGUCCACGUAAUUUGCGUUAAGCGGUCGGCGCUCGCGUCGAUAGAGCUAUCGAUGAGCGAGCGUCAGGCCAGAGAGACCCGGCGUUUCGAUGCCGCGACUGAAACUUCGAUCGCGAAUACGAUUACGGAGGAAUCUUGCGCGCGACGUAUUAAUCGUCUAAUUUAUCAUUAAUGUACACGUAGAACUCACUCGGGAUCGGCGCAAUAUAUCGCUACGUUAAGUUUAUGCGUUGGGAGAUUAAAGACAACGGCACACGGCACUAUUUUGCCUACUGGAUCGCUUACGAGAGCCAAUCAGGAUUUAGCCUCAAGUAACCUGAUCUAAAACUCCGCAUCCUGAUUGUCUCUCGUAAGCGAUUCAGUAGGAAAAAUAGUAUCGUGGCUCAAAACCAACGGCACACGGUACUAUUUUUUCCUACUGGAUCGCUCACGAGAGCCAAUCAGGAUGCGGAGUUUCAGAUCAGGUGAUUUAAGGCUAAACCCUGAUUAGCUCUCGUAAGCGAUCCGGUAAGCAAAAUAGUAUCGUGUGCCGUUGGCCUUAAUGUGUAAAUACGUACCGGCUAAAUUUUGCGCGCGAGUCAUCGUACGUCACGUGUGUUAUCUCUUCUGUCUGUCUUGUGCGGUGCGUUCGCAGUCGUUUAAACAAUUUUACGUAAUACCAGUUUUAUCGCUGUCGCGCGAAUCGAGGAAUCCGAAGCGUAAAAGUAGCCGAGACAAUCGACUUGAUUAUGUAUGUAAAUACAAAUGUAACUAAAUUCUAAGAGACGACGAUAAGAAGAGGAUAUUUAUUUCGAGAGGAAUAGCGAUUGCGAUCGCGUUAUUUAUUAUAUUAACCCAAGCGGAUACGUUCGUCGCCAAUUCUUGAAGGAGCACGAAGUUGUAAAUAAAUAUAUUACUAUGAGAAAGA